CACCCGGCUGCACCGUGGGAAGGAAUCCUUCCCCUCGCCAUGGCUUCCCUGGGGCAGAUCAUCUUCUGGAGCAUUAUUAGCAUCAUCAUUAUUCUGGCUGGAGCAAUUGCACUCAUCAUUGGCUUUGGUAUUUCAGGGAGACACUCCAUCACAGUCACUACUCUCACCUCAGCUGGGAACAUUGGGGAGGAUGGAAUCCUGAGCUGCACUUUUGAACCUGACAUCAAACUUUCUGAUAUCGUGAUACAAUGGCUAAAGGAAGGUGUUAUGGGCUUGGUCCAUGAGUUCAAAGAAGGCAAAGACAACCUGUCAGACCAGGAUGAAAUGUUCAGAGGCCGGACAGCAGUGUUUGCUGAUCAAGUGAUAGUUGGCAAUGCCUCUCUGAGGCUGAAAAACGUGCGACUCACAGAUGCUGGCACCUACAAAUGUUACAUCAUCACUUCUAAAGGCAAGGGGAAUGCUAACCUUGAGUAUAAAACUGGAGCCUUCAGCAUGCCAGAGGUGAAUGUGGACUAUAAUGCCAGUUCAGAGAGCUUGCGGUGUGAGGCUCCCCGAUGGUUCCCCCAGCCCACAGUGGUCUGGGCAUCCCAAGUAGACCAGGGAGCCAAUUUCUCAGAAGUCUCCAAUACCAGCUUUGAGCUGAACUCUGAAAAUGUGACCAUGAAGGUUGUCUCUGUGCUCUACAAUGUCACGAUCAACAACACAUACUCCUGUAUGAUUGAAAACGACAUUGCCAAAGCCACAGGGGAUAUUAAAGUGACAGACUCUGAGAUCAAAAGGCGGAGUCACCUACAGCUACUGAACUCAAAGGCUACCCUGUGUGUCUCUUCUUUCUUUGCCAUCAGCUGGGUACUCCUACCGCUCUCCCCUUACCUGAUGCUAAAAUAAUGUGCCUUGGCCACACAUGAACAUGCAAAGUCAUUGGUAAAACAGAAUCCCAGGAAUCUACAGAACUAUUUCACCACAAGAUAUGACCUAGUUUCGUAUUUCUGGGGGGAAACGAAUUCAUGUCUAGAGGUAUGGAGUGAACAAACAAGAACAAGAAACAGAAAGAAGCCAAAAGCAACUCACAGAAGACUCCAUAUGGAUAAGAUAAUCUAUCUUCAAAGACAUAUAUUAAAAGUUUAGAAAAAUACUUCAUCCGAAAUAGAGAAGAAUGUCAGGACUGCUAAGUGAAGUGCAUGUGGAGACAAGUGCAUGCCCAUAUCCCAGGGACCUCCCCUUACCCAUCACCUCCUGGGGAGCUAAAUACUUGUUAUAUGUGCUGUAAUGUUCAUCUGAGGAAGUUUCUGAGAAGUUACUAUUAAAAUAUAUCCAUGUCUUAUAUUCCACAAAUUAAACUAUAGCAUAUGCUGUAAGAACCUGCUAAUCAGCUGCCACUUCACAACUCUGAGGUAGCUACAUCUUAGUGAUGGGUCAAAUGAUUCACUUUUCAUUAUGACGCUUCCAAAAGUGUCUUGGCUUCUCCUCCCACCCGACGAAUGCCAAAGACAUGUGAAAAAUCAUAAUUUUAGUGUAAACAAAGUAAUUGGGUUUUUCUAAAUAAUCUGAGUAUGUUCUUUUUUGAAGAAACAAAUGCCAUUUUACUUCUCAGACGAUGUUCAUCCAUGAGUGGUCCAGGGAAGGACCUCUCGCCUUGGUUAUGUGGUAUUAUGUCCUCACAAGUUUUGAGGCUUCUUUCUACCCUGCGUAAAAAGCUAUAACCUCAGCUUUUAAUAGCAUCUUAAGCAAUGGGACUCAACUGGGGUGAUUUUGUGCCCCCACCCCACCCCAGGUGACAUUUGGCAAUAUCUGAAGACAGUUUUGUCACAACUGGGGGAGGGGGGCGGUGCUCCUGGCAUUUAGGGGUAGAGCCCAGGGAUGCUGCUCAACGUCCUACAAUGUACGGGACAUCUCUCCACAGCAAAGAAUUAUCAAGCCCCAAAUGUCAAUCGUGCCAAGGUUAAAAACCCUGAUUUAGAGUAGAAAAGGAUCUAGAAAAGAGGGGAGCAAACAAAUCUGUUUGCUUCCUAAAAAUAGACAUUGGCUCUGUCUGUUUGGCUGCUGCCUCAGCACAGAGAGCCAGGAAUCUGUGUCAGGCAACCAGGAUAACAUCUUUCAGCAAACAGAGUUGAUGAGGCCUAUGGCAAAUUCCUGAUGGGAUUAUCUUCAGCUUGCUGAGCUUCUAAAUUCCUACCCCUUCAUUCUACUCUACAAACCAGGUUCUGUAAGAGUGGUGCCUCAAUUCCAUCUCAAGUCCUCUCAUUCUGAAUUUAGAUCUCAGGACCCUGCCUGGCCAAAAUUCAAAUUAAGAUAACAAACCUGAAUCUUCCUUGAAACACACAGAGACUUUUGAAAGCAGGAGCCCUUUGAAAUGAGACCUUGAGGAAUGAAGUUUGAUGAAAAAGAAUGGUUUGUUUCCAGCUCCCUUCCCACACUUUCAUGUGCUGACCACUGCCUCCCUGGUUCUUUGGACCCAUCAUGACUGUAUUGCAUUUUGUUAUAGAAAACUUGAUUUUAGAGUUCUG